AUGGCUACUCCAGCUCCACCAUUUACCGUCCGUAUCUUAGAGAGAGACUACCUAGGUGUCGCUAGCUCCUCUUCGAAGGAGGACUUUGGCAGCCUUUUACCGGCGAGCGCUCGCUUCAACGAUGACAUUGUGACUCCUACGUCGGAUCCCAACUUUCUGGAGCGGGAACUAUCUGUUUCGCGCCUGACUGAUAUCCAAGAAUGGCUCUGGAUAUGCGGGCGUCUGAUGCCGCCUCGGCAGCUUCAUCACCAGAGGCUCAUCUCCCGAAACAUCAUCAUCAGCGAACAGGCUGAGCUCCACAUGGUUUGGUGGAGGGAUCGCAUCUUUCUCAAGCCUCUGCCAAAAUACCUACUCGACCCAAGCUUCUGGGAGGCCAACAUCAGCCACACGGCACACCUCGACGACGCGACGCAGUUCAAUCUUGAUGCUUCGGCUCGAGGCUUUCUUUUUUCGUACACCGCACUUAUUGCGUACAAAAGCGACUUUCGUAUCGCCAAAGAGUAUGGCUUGCUUCCAGAAGAAGUAACUUGGGAAGGCUGGAAGGCUUUUGCCGCUCAGGUUCUCGAGAGUCAUCGAUACGAUCGCGUGAAUCCACGCUAUUGGUACGGGGAGUUGAGAUUGAGCAGACUCAACAAAAUCUACGCGUUUCGAAAAGGUUUUCUGCUGCGCGGCUACUCAAGAGUUGCUUCUCAUACUGUUUAUGGCGAUCUUAUACGAGACAACUUUUCAGUGUUGGCAGGUAUCCUGGCCUACGUUGUAAUCGCGCUCACGGCGAUGCAAGUGGGACUAAGCGUCGAUGGCCUGGUCGACGAACCAGCGUUCCAAAACGCCAGCUACUUCUUGACAGUGUUUGCAUUGAUUGUGCCACUGAUAGGAGCGGUUAUCAUUUUCUUGAUUGUUUUUGUCAUGAUUGUCAGUAAUUGGAGGGUCACAAAGGCGUUUGAGAGCAGGCGAUUGAAGAAGAUGAAGGUUCAACUUUUAAAACGAAAAGCAUAG